AUGAUGCACGUCUUCAUCAUGAGUGUUUGUAGCCUCCGUUGCGUCUCUUAUUUAUCUGUGGUUGAGCGGAUUCCAGUGUCGAAAACUUUCACGGAUGCUGCGUGUAAACCCGUCGUACAACAUCGGAAACUACGAGAAUCAUCAGAUUUUGAAAUACGUGUGUACUUUUUAGAUUCUUUGUUGUGUACUACGAGUACGAAACUAUUUAAUAAACAUGCAAAUUCCUUUGUUGUCGCAUCAGUGAUAUUUUUAACAAAGAAGAAACACUGUUGCCAUCCAGUUAUUUAG